UGGAGACCGCGGAGCGUUGGAAAUGACGCUCGGAGCUUUAAUUACCGCAGCCGCUGGACAAGUGUGAGGAAAGCUGACAGGAAAAAGGGCAGGCGCGGGGUGGGGAGAAGCCAGCCGCGCUCCCUCUGCUCCCCGCUUCGCUCUGCUUUGGACUGGAGGUGCAACGCAACUGAAGAGGGAGCCCAACGCACCCGGCGGGGGGAGAGGCCGGAAACCGACCGCCUCUUUGCAGUCAACUUUUUUGGGAAGCCUUUCCCCCUUUUUUUUAUUGUUGACCAACCAGUGAAAGGGAGAGAGAAAGUGAGGAGGGAGCGAGGACGCGAAGCUCACCCGGGAAAUAGCUGCACAGUCCGGCGCGGCGCUGGGGCGCAGACACCCGCGCCCUCCUCUCGCGCGCACCUCGCGCCGCCCGCCGCCUCCCCGGGACCCCGGGACCCCGCCCCGCACCCGCCCCGGGAGCCGGUGCCCCGCGCUCUCCCCCGCGCCCGCACGGGGCUAUGCCUCUUGGACAUGUAACUGUCAGCACGGGAUCCGAGCCUUGCCCACAAUGAAGCUGGCGACGGGACUGUGGGGCUGGCUGAGCCUGCUCGCGGCGGCGGGGACCGUCCGGCCCGGCGCUUCUCAGGCAGUGUGUGCGGGAACAGAGAAUAAGCUGAGCUCUCUCUCGGACCUGGAUCAGCAGUACCGAGCCUUACGAAAAUACUAUGAGAACUGUGAAGUGGUCAUGGGCAACCUGGAGAUCACCAGCAUAGAGCACAACCGGGACCUGUCCUUCCUGCGGUCCAUCCGAGAAGUCACAGGCUACGUCCUAGUGGCCCUUAACCAGUUUCGUUACCUGCCUUUGGAGAAUUUGCGGAUUAUUCGUGGGACAAAACUUUAUGAAGAUAGAUAUGCUCUGGCGAUAUUUCUAAACUAUAGAAAAGAUGGAAACUUUGGACUGCAAGAACUGGGAUUAAAAAACUUGACAGAAAUUCUGAACGGCGGUGUCUACGUAGAUCAGAACAAGUUCCUGUGUUAUGCAGACACUAUUCACUGGCAGGAUAUUGUUCGAAACCCAUGGCCUUCCAACUUGACUCUGGUGUCCACAAAUGGAAGCUCAGGAUGUGGACACUGCCACAAGUCCUGUUCAGGCCGAUGCUGGGGACCUACAGAAAAUCACUGCCAGACGUUGACAAGGACAGUAUGCGCAGAGCAGUGUGAUGGGAGAUGCUACGGCCCCUACGUCAGCGACUGUUGUCAUCGGGAGUGCGCGGGAGGCUGCUCUGGACCCAAGGACACAGACUGCUUUGCCUGCAUGAACUUCAACGACAGCGGGGCUUGUGUGACUCAGUGCCCCCAGACCUUCGUCUAUAACCCGACCACCUUUCAGCUGGAGCACAACUUCAACGCCAAGUACACAUACGGAGCAUUCUGUGUCAAGAAAUGCCCACAUAACUUUGUGGUAGAUUCCAGUUCUUGUGUGCGUGCCUGCCCUAGCUCCAAGAUGGAAGUGGAGGAAAAUGGAAUUAAAAAAUGUAAACCUUGUACUGACAUUUGCCCCAAAGCUUGCGAUGGCAUCGGUACAGGAUCCCUGACGGGCGCUCAGACUGUGGAUUCCAACAACAUUGACAAGUUCAUCAACUGUACCAAGAUCAACGGGAACCUGAUCUUCCUUGUCACUGGUAUUCAUGGGGACCCAUACAAUGCAGUUGGAGCUAUCGACCCAGAGAAACUGAAUGUGUUUCGGACAGUCAGAGAGAUAACAGGUUUCUUGAACAUACAAUCAUGGCCUCCAAACAUGACUGAUUUCAGCGUGUUCUCGAACCUGGUGACCAUUGGUGGCCGAGUCCUCUACAGUGGCCUCUCCUUACUGAUCCUCAAGCAACAAGGUAUCACCUCGCUGCAGUUUCAGUCCUUGAAGGAAAUCAGUGCAGGAAACAUCUACAUCACCGACAACAGCAACCUAUGUUAUUAUCACACCAUUAACUGGACAACACUCUUCAGCACGGUCAACCAAAGAAUAGUGAUUCGGGACAAUAGAAAAGCAGAGAACUGCACUGCAGAAGGAAUGGUGUGCAACCCCCUGUGUUCUAGCGAUGGCUGUUGGGGACCAGGGCCAGACCAGUGCCUGUCGUGCCGCCGCUUCAGCAGGGGCCGCAUCUGCAUAGAAUCAUGCAACCUCUAUGACGGCGAGUUUCGGGAGUUCGAGAACGGCUCGAUCUGCGUGGAGUGUGACUCCCAGUGUGAGAGAAUGGAAGAGGGGCUCCUCACGUGUCAUGGACCGGGACCUGACAACUGCACAAAGUGCUCUCAUUUUAAGGACGGCCCGAACUGCGUGGAGAAGUGUCCAGAUGGCCUACAGGGGGCAAGCAGUUUCAUUUUCAAGUACGCAGACCAGGAUCGGGAGUGCCGUCCCUGCCACCCGAACUGCACCCAAGGGUGUAACGGUCCCACCAUUCAUGACUGCAUUUACUACCCAUGGACGGGUCAUUCCACUUUACCACAACAUGCUAGAACUCCCCUGAUUGCUGCUGGAGUCAUUGGUGGGCUCUUCAUCCUGGUCAUAGUGGGUCUGACGUUUGCAGUUUAUGCUAGGAGAAAAAGCAUCAAAAAGAAAAGGGCCUUAAGACGAUUUCUAGAGACAGAGCUGGUGGAGCCCUUAACGCCUAGUGGCACAGCACCCAACCAAGCUCAACUUCGUAUUUUGAAAGAAACUGAACUAAAGAGGAUAAAGGUCCUUGGCUCAGGUGCUUUUGGAACCGUUUAUAAAGGUAUCUGGGUCCCUGAAGGAGAAACAGUGAAGAUUCCUGUGGCUAUUAAGAUUCUCAAUGAGACCACUGGUCCCAAGGCCAACGUCGAGUUCAUGGAUGAAGCUCUGAUCAUGGCAAGCAUGGAUCACCCACACCUGGUGCGCUUAUUGGGCGUGUGCCUGAGCCCAACCAUCCAGCUGGUCACACAGCUUAUGCCCCAUGGUUGCCUGUUGGAUUAUGUGCAUGAACACAAGGACAACAUUGGAUCACAGCUGCUGCUGAACUGGUGUGUGCAGAUAGCGAAGGGAAUGAUGUACCUAGAAGAAAGACGACUUGUGCAUCGGGAUUUGGCAGCCCGUAAUGUCUUAGUGAAAUCUCCAAAUCAUGUGAAAAUCACGGAUUUUGGACUGGCCAGACUCUUGGAAGGAGAUGAAAAAGAGUAUAAUGCUGAUGGAGGAAAGAUGCCCAUUAAGUGGAUGGCUCUGGAGUGCAUACAUUAUAGAAAAUUCACUCAUCAGAGUGACGUCUGGAGCUAUGGUGUCACUAUAUGGGAACUGAUGACCUUUGGAGGAAAACCCUAUGAUGGAAUUCCAACACGAGAAAUCCCUGACUUACUAGAGAAAGGAGAACGCCUGCCUCAGCCGCCCAUUUGCACUAUUGACGUUUACAUGGUCAUGGUCAAAUGUUGGAUGAUUGAUGCAGACAGCAGACCUAAAUUCAAGGAACUGGCUGCUGAAUUCUCACGGAUGGCUCGAGACCCACAAAGAUACCUGGUUAUUCAGGGUGACGAUCGGAUGAAGCUUCCCAGUCCGAAUGACAGCAAGUUCUUUCAGAAUCUCUUGGAUGAAGAAGAUUUGGAAGAUAUGAUGGAUGCCGAGGAGUACCUGGUCCCCCAGGCUUUCAACAUCCCUCCCCCCAUCUACACGUCCAGGGCAAGAAUUGACUCAAACAGGAGUGAAAUUGGACACAGCCCUCCUCCUGCCUACACCCCCAUGUCGGGAAACCAAUUUGUCUACCGAGAUGGAGGGUUCACUGCAGAGCCAGGCAUGCCUGUGCCAUUCAGAGCCCCGACCAGUACCAUCCCGGAGGCACCAGUUGCUCAGGGUGCCACUGCCGAGAUCUUUGAUGACUCCUGCUGUAAUGGCACCCUACGCAAGCCAGUGGCACCCCAUGCCCAGGAGGACAGCAGCACGCAGAGAUACAGCGCUGACCCCACUGUGUUUGCCCCCGAGAGGAGCCCAAGAGGUGAACUGGAUGAAGAAGGCUACAUGACUCCUAUGCGAGACAAGCCCAAACAAGAAUACCUGAAUCCUGUGGAGGAAAACCCUUUUGUUUCUCGGAGAAAAAAUGGAGACCUUCAAGCUUUGGAUAAUCCUGAAUAUCACAAGGCUUCCAGUGGGCCACCCAAGGCAGAGGAUGAGUAUGUGAAUGAGCCACUGUACCUCAACACCUUCACCAACACCUUGGGCAAUACCGAGUACCUGAAGAACAAUAUACUGCCUGUGCCAGAGAAGGCCAAAAAAGCGUUUGACAACCCUGACUACUGGAACCACAGCCUGCCACCUCGGAGCACCCUCCAGCACCCAGACUACCUGCAGGAGUACAGCACAAAAUAUUUUUAUAAACAGAAUGGACGGAUCCGGCCCAUUGUGGCAGAGAAUCCUGAAUACCUCUCUGAGUUCUCCCUGAAGCCAGGCACUGUUCUGCCUCCUCCACCCUACAGACACCGGAAUACUGUGGUGUAAGCUGAGCAGUAGUUUGAAAGUGGAAAGACACACCCACUCCAUUUCCCCACCCCCUCUUUUUCUCUGGUGAUCUUCCUUCUACCCCCAAGGCCAGUAGUUUUGACACUUCCCUAUGGAAGACAUAGAGAUGCAAUGAUAAUUAUGUGCUUAUCUAACUUGAACCUUAGAAGGAAGGACAGAAAGUGAAAGACAGGAGGAACCAGUUUCUUCUUUUCUCUGCAUGAGUUGCUCAGGAGAGUGGGACAGCCAGAGAAGAAUCAAAAAAUAUCAGAUAAUACUGCCUACUGUCAAACUAGUUUGUAGCCAACCAGUGUACCUUUUUCCCUUCUUUUCUUCUUUCCUUCUUUCCUUCCUUCCUUCCUUCCUUCCUUCCUUCCUUCCUUCCU